GUAGAUGCCGAUAGAUAAGAGUUGGACGACAUUAAGGAAGCGUAACUGUGAUGCUUAUUGGAACGGUCUCCAAGCCUUCUUGAGAAUGGCAAAAGAACACGUAGACUGCGACGGGAGAAUUUUAUGCCCGUGUGUGAGGUGCCUGAAUGUUAAACUACAAACUAUAGAUACAAUGGAGGCUCAUGUAUUUGACAAGGGUUUUCAACAGAGUUAUCAAAAGUGGGUUUACCACGGUGAGGUGGAAGCUAGUGUCGCCAAUGAGGUAGUUGAGGAGAAUGAAGAUGUAGACGAGAUGGUUGACGUCGUUGAUGAUUUCCUCUUACCGACAAAUGCAGAGGAAGCAGAUGGUGUGUCUGGCAGUCGAAUGGGACAGUAUUAUGACGAGUUGUUCGACGAGAUUGAAGCUGAGUUGUAUCCGGGUUGUGAUUGGAUAUCAUCCUUAAACUUUUUGGCAAAGUUGAUGCAUUUGAAAGUUAGAGGGAAGUGGCCAAAUAACUCUUUCGAUGAGUUGUUGAAGUUACUAAAAUUUGCAUUUCCGAAAGAUAAUAAAAUUCCCCCAACACACUAUGAGGCAAAAAAGAAGCUGAGUAAGUUAGGGAUGGGAUAUCAAUCAAUCCAUGUGUGUAAAUAUGAUUGUUCCUUAUUUUAUAAUGAGCAUGCAAGCAAAGAUUCAUGUCAUGUGUGUGGGAGUAGCCGAUGGGUCAAUGAAAAGAAGAAGGGGAAAAAGGUUCCACACAAGGUGAUGCGUUACUUUCUGUUGACUCCCAGAUUAAAGCGAAUGUACAGUUCAAGACAUACAGCUAAUGACAUGUUAUGGCAUCAUACUGGGAGAUCAAUAGAAGAUGGGGUGAUGCGUCAUCCGGUUGACGGGUCUGCAUGGAAAGACUUUGAUGCCACCCAUCCUGAUUUUGCAAAAGAUCCUAGAAAUGUUCGUCUAGGCUUGGCUGCUGAUGGGUUUAAUCCUUUUGGCAACAUGAGCUUAUCAUACAGCAUGUGGCCUGUGAUUUUGACGAACUACAAUCUCCCCCCUUGGCUAUGCAUGAAGGAAGAGUAUUUUAUGCUAACUCUGCUUAUUCCUGGGCCAAAAUCACCGGGUAAAGACAUGGAUGUAUUUCUAAGACCCUUGGUGGAAGAGUUAAAACAAUUGUGGAUUAACGGGGUCGACACAAGAGAUGGCACAAAGAAUGAAUUGUUCAAGAUGCGUGCAGCCCUUCUGUGGACAAUUAACGAUUUCCCUGCUCGUAGUAGCUUGUCUGGUUGGAGCGGGCAAGGGUAUAAAGCAUGUCCAACGUGCAAUGAAGACACCACUUCCAUUCGAGUGAUUGGUAAGACAUUGUAUGUCGGUCAUAGGCGAUUCUUGAGGAGUAAUCAUAAGUAUAGAAGGGACAAGGAAUUUGAUGGCAAAGUUGAGAAAAGAAAUCCUCCACAACAGUUUACUUGUCAACAAGUUUUAGAUCAAGUCAAUGCUUUACCGCUUCAAGUGUCUGGUAAACAUGACAGAUUUGGGGGGGGGGGGGGGGUGAAGCGCAAGCGAGGUGCAGGGGAAAGUAAUUGGAGGAAAAAAAGUAUUUUCUAUGAACUUGAUUACUGGAGUUCAAAUCAGUUAAAACACAACCUAGAUGUGAUGCAUGUUGAGAAGAAUGUGUGCGACAGCAUCCUUGGGACUUUGUUAGAUAAUGAUAAAUCUAAGGACACCACUAACGCAAGACAUGAUUUGAAGAAUAUGGGGGUUAGGAAAUCGUUGUGGAUUUACGAGGAUGCCAAUAAAAGGUUAAUGAAACUGCAUGCUCCAUACGUGUUCACUUUUGAACAGAGGCGAGAUUUCUGUCAAUUUUUUAAAGGAGUGAAGUUGCCCGAUGGUUUUUGUUCUAAUCUAAAGAAAAAAGUCACAGACAAUGACUCAAACAUUGUUGGGUUGAAGUCCCAUGAUUGUCAUGUGAUAAUGCAACGAUUACUUGCAGUAGGUGUUCGUAAGUUUUUGCCAGAAUCUAUAUCCACUACCAUCACUGAAUUGUGUAAUUUUUUCAAACAAUUGUGCUCUAGGACACUGAACGUUUCUGAUAUGGAGAAAGCUAAGGAUGACUUGAUUGUUAUUUUAUGCAAGAUGGAGUUGAUUUUCCCUCCAGCAUUCUUUGACAUAAUGAUCCAUCUGGUUUUGCACUUGCCUGAUGAAGCAAUAUUGGGAGGACCUGUAUUUAUGAGGUGGAUGUAUCCUUUUGAAAGAUACAUGAAUAAAUUAAAAAACUAUGUCAGGAAUAAAGCUCGUCCUGAAGGAUCUAUAGCAGAAGGAUAUGUUGCAGAUGAGGCUUUGACAUUUUGUUCAAUGUAUUUCAAAGGUGUGGAAACAAAAUUUAAUCAGCCUGAUCGUAACGAAGAUGCACCGUAUGUGAAUCGACACCUCACAGUGUUUGAAUCUCAAUGUCGUCCUCUUAGUAAGGGAAUUCCCGUGCCCCUCGAUGAAAAUACUCGGAAUAAAGCUGAGUGGUUCAUAUUGGAUAAUUCUCCAGAAACUGAAGUGUAUUUAGAGGAACACCUAACUGAGGUGCAACAAAGAGAUAUGGCUGCCAAUCAUAAAUUGAUACAUAAGAAAGAGUUUCGUUCAUGGUUUCAUAAGAAGAUAUAUGACUUGCACCAACUUGGGUCAUUAGAGCAUGCUGAUGAAUUACUAGCUUUAGCAUCUGGGUCAGAUCUAUUGGCUUACUCUUACCAAGCAUGUAUAGUGAACGGAGUUCGAUUUGUCUCAUACAAUCGAGAUCAGAAUCGAAUUACACAAAAUAAUGGAGUGUGUGUUGCUGGAACAGAAGGUUUUAACUAUUACGGGCAACUUGAAGAAAUACUCCAGCUGUCUUUUACUGGUUCUUAUUCGGUGGUAUUAUUUCGAUGUAAAUGGUUCAAUACAGAUCCGAAAAAAAAAGAAAACCAUCAUUGUAAAUAAUAUUACUAGUAU